UGUGGAGAAUGGUAAUAGACAAAACAUUUAUUGUAUAUUCAGUUUCCACUUUCACACCACAUAGUAUACUCAAGUAUCAUAAUUACGGUAUUAUUAUAAAUCAAGCUUAUAAAAGCUAACAGUUGGUGUAAUUUCACAUAUAUUGUCAAGAAAUGAUUUGCAAAGAUGCUUUAAUUGAGAAAUUAUUUCUAUGUUAACUGAAAAUCGGCUGAUGAAUUCUGAAAUAAAAUCCUCUAAUUAAGGGAAGGAGUCCAAUAUUCCGUACUGACCUCACUGCUGUUUGCAGGUGGAUUGUUUAGUUACUUAGUUUUGGGGUGUGUGUUGUUGUUUUUUCUCCACUAUCCAGGCAUUAUUAAUUUAAACAGCAAGUAUCACUUGAUACGAGCGUAGUAACUCAUUCCCCUAGCAUGAUCAUGAAUAUAACGAGAAAGAAACAAAGGCUAAAUAUAUAUUCGUACACAAAGAGUGCAAUAAUAAAUCUGAUUUUGUUACAAAUUGACUAAGUUUCAUGAUAACGGAAAGGAGCUGACACCAGGUUUAAAAGCUAAGAAAAUACUUUCAGCAUCAUAGUAUUCUAUUCUCUUCUGCCUAUUCUAUAUUUACUGAUAAGUAUUUCUUAUUUUGGCGGAGGGAUCUUUGAACAAUGCUUCUAAUUCGAUGACGAGGAACCCACUUUGAGAUUAAUAAUGGCUGGAGACGGCUUCUAAGUAUACUCUUUUCCUUAAUCGAGUAACAAUAUUGGCAAGAGAAGAUUGUUCACAUUGAAAAUAUUAAAGCAUAUACCGAUAAAUGCACUGAUAAAAAUGACAAAAGUAUAUAUAAUCCUUGACGUUUUUUAUGUUAUGAAAUGUUAAGUUAAAUAACAACGACUUUUAUAGUCAAUAUUUCAUUCAAUUGAUCUUUCCAUACUGUUACAGAUCGUUUCAAUUUCUUUUCGAACACACGGCACAGUCAAAUCCAUUUUUGCACGGUUUCUGGUCGAAUAGCACACAACACAACAGCGUGUUAAACGACUCCCAAAGAGAACGUAAUAUACCCCCUCCUUUAUUCAACAUUCUACAUCAAGGGCAACGAAACGCGCUUCCUAUAUAUAUAGUUUUCGGAAGAUUGCGCAAGUCUGCCUACAAAAGCGUCAUCUUCGACAAACUCCGACAAAAAACGUCACUUUCGGCUGCUUGAAGACAAUCCCACAAUUCCAUUAUAUCAUAUGUCCGCCAUACUGGUUGGAGCGGUACAUUGCUCAUAGAGCAGUGGGAAGAUAGCAUACAUUUACACUAACACUGAGUAACAGUAGAACCUGCUUUUAAGUACGCCACAUGCAGCAUUCUCCAUUUGAAGUUAAGAAGAGAUUAUUGAAAGCAUUAGACAAGGACAACAAUGUGGUGGACAUGGUUGGUGUCAUUGAGGUCAUAUCAAUACUGGAGACGAUUCCGAUUACAAAGGACGAGUUAGAGCAAACAAGACUGGGAAAGUAUGUGAACGAACUUCGAAAAAAGACUUCAAAUGAACAGCUUGCAAGGAGAGCGAAGGCACUGAUUAAGUCUUGGUUAAAACUUUUAAAUCAGUCGGCUAAUGUGGCAUCUGUUGAGAACAGAAUAGCGGGUACACCACCAAUUAGAAAACCAUUGGGUCCUGGUCCAGGGUCUGGACAUAUACCAGGCCCUGGGCCUGGUGGAGGUCCUAAAAGUCCAGCAUUACUUAACUCGUAUACAACUCUUCCAUUGGUAUCAUCUUGCUUUAAACAGAUCAGUCCGGCUUUACAGCACAUGUGUGCUGAUAGUCCACUUUGCUCUAGUGGAUCCAAUAGUCCUGUCUUGUCCAUCAGGCAGCACACUUCCCACACACUUUCAAACUACACUCCAGUAUCAAAACGAUCUCGUGUUUCCAGUAAUGGUAAUGGAGGUCAGCUCUUGUCACCCAGUACUGUUAAUCGCAAUGGGAGUGUUAUAUCACCUUCAUUUAACCAAGUUUUCAAACCUGUUAGUCCUGCGUUGUUAGCUAUUCAUAAUACAACAUCAUGCAGGGCAAGUUUAACAAACAAAUCUUCUGUCACUGUAGCUUGUCCAAGACCUCAGAGUCCUGUAUUUGGGGGAAAAUGCCUGCUUAGUCCAUAUCUGACAAGUAUACCGGCAACUUCUCCGUGUGUCCUAGUGAGUCCUUCUCAUUGUGAUCUAGAUGUAGCCAAAACCAAUGCUGCAAACAAAAGAUUUAGGAAAGAUGAUUCUCAUAUAGAUAAAGAAAAAAGUAUUUUGGCAGAAUGUGCAAGCUGCUCUAGUGAUAAAACUGUCUUAUCUAAUGGUCUGGAUUCUUCUUCAGAACCUGCCUGGACCUUCUCCCACAGUAGACAGUCUCCUUUCGAAAGCUUUAAAUCAUGCAGGGUCACAUCUGGUUCUUGUUCACUACCUGAAAAACCCACAGUAAAUAAUGAAUUGGUAAAAAUUCCAAUAAAAAAAGGAAAACAGAGCAAGAAGUCAGAAAAUAGAGACAUUUUGAAAGAAAAGUUUUUUGCUGCAGCAUCAUCUAGUUCUAAGUUAUCUAAAGUCAAAACUCAUCAACAGUUAAUGGAGGAAUUCCAAGCUAAAAAAGGAGUCGCAUUGCCCAGUAAGCUUAUUAGUAAAAGUGUAAGUGAUAGUGCAUGUGAUUUUGGAAAUUCCAAUAACUUUCCAGAUAAAGCUUUGUUUGGCUGUGAUGCUGAAACUUGGCAAACUAAGUCAGAACUCAUGGCCAGGUUUUUAAAAUCAUCCAUGAAUUCGGAAGGAGAAACAAGAAUUAACAGUAGUGCUUCUUACCCUAAGUCUGAUGUGGAAUCUCCUGUAUCUUGUCAGAAACCUUUCACUCAGAUGUGUGACCCAGUGGACAUGGAAAUACAUAAUAUCUUGUCAUCAUUGCCUGUUCUAGAACCAGAUAAUAUAAUAUGGAGUGAAGAUGAUUGUAGUGUUAAAGAAAGUGAACCUGUAACGAAAGAGUGUGUAGAUCGUCUUUUAUUAGAACAGUGGAAUAGUGUUAAUGGAAAUUAUGACCACAACAGCAGGUGGAGAGAUUGGAAAGAUGUGGUUACAGCAGAGUCAUAUAAUAGUGACUUGUUACAUAUAUUGCCUUAUGUAAAUAUUGACUGGUGAAUAGGAUCUUAUAAAGGAAUUAAGUAAAUUUUUCUAAAGAUUAUGCUUCUAUAAAUAAAGGAAUGAGGUGAUAGGAUGAUAGUCUAAAUUUUCAAUCCUGUAAUAAAAGAAAAAAAACUAAAAUGUACAGUGUUAAAGUCAUGUUAUCUUAUGGUUACCACCUGUUCCUGAAAAAUAUAACUUCAUGGUUCUUAGUAGACUUUGAAAAUAUUGUGCCUGUGAUGUUCUUGUGUUCAGAAGUGACCUUGUGAACCAACUAAUGUAUUAUUGGUCCACCAUAGCUUUAAAAAACCUUUAUUUAGAAAUUAUCAAAUGUAUAAAAUUACAUAUUAAAAAUUCACUUCAGUGCAAAGAAAUUUUAAAUAUUUCAUCCUUUACUUGUAAAAUGUUUGAGUAUAAAAACAUAUGAUGUAGGAUAUAAAUUAAUUCAUUGAAAAACCUGAGUUCAAUUUGCAUAUAUUUGAUUUGAUCACUUUAUAGAAAAAAAACAACAUAGUCAUUUCUUCUUUUUUGUAUAUGAAAAAAAAUUGUAUUUUUUGCCUAAUUUUAAGACUUUAAGAGCAAAAUUAAAAUUUUUAUUUUGAAUUAUAUUAUACAUAAUUUCGAGUAUUUUAGUUUGAUUUCAGGUUUGGUGGUAGUUGGCAUUCAGUAAAAUCCCAGUCAUGUAAAUGCUAAUGAUGCUUUACACUAUAACAGGUAACUUUAAGUAUUUAGAUUAUAAGAAAAGUCUUUGUUGUCACAUUUUACACACUUUUUUAGUCUUUUGUAUAUCCUGUUAUUGAUUAAUAUGUGUUUGUUAAAGAAAUGACAGUAUUUUUCAGUGACAUUAUUUCAAAUCAUAAAUGUCAUUAAAGUUACUUUUCAAGUCUUGAAAAAAAUUCUUGUUCAGGAUAAUUUUUUUUUCUGAUGUUAAUUCAGUAUAUUUUUUUUCUCCAUUAAUGUAUCGCUUACACCUUUUUAAUUAGGUUCAUUUCUAAUUUGAUAUUUGUUGCACAAUUAACACUAUGUGACAAGCAGAUACUGAGUGACUGUUCUCGGAUUAUGUGACAGAGAGAUAAGGAGUAUAAACUUAUGACCAUUGUCUUUGAAUUUUGUGUGGACCAAUUAAGAAAAAUUCUACUUAUUUGAGAAGGUAAUGAAUAAAAUUACAUAUCAUUUUACUGUG